UAAAGCGGUCAUACGGGUAUCUGUCAGUGCAAAAAUCCUCUCAGGCAACUCGUUAUUUCAAACUCAUCAGUCAGUUGCAACGCGAACACAGGGCAAAUCUUUUGCCGAAAGUCUACUAAUUCCGAAGUCGGUUUAGAACUGAAACUUAACCUUAUACUUAGUACGGACUUAUAUAGCCAGCUUUUUGUCAAAGCAUUUGUAUUUGUUGUAUUUUUUAUGAAUGUUUAAUGAAGCUAGAGGUCGACAGCGCUUUGAGUUGGCUUCAAGCGGUUUCAGCUUUUCUUUUCCACGCUGUCUUUUUUGGACUCGUUUUCUCGUUUGGAAUUUUCUAUGUGGCGUUGUUGGAGGAGUUUCCUGGCCAGGAAAGCGAAACUGCAUGGAUCAGCGGAAUAAACUUUGGUUUCGUGAUGUUGACGAGUCCAUUGACAAUUAAAUUGAUCGAUUACAUGCCAGCGCGGGUGGUCUGCUGUGCAGGGACACUGUUGGCGUUAUUGGGACUCUACCUCUCGUCAAAGGCAAGUACGAUAUGGGUUUUGUACAUGACUUUCGGUGUUAUGCAUGGAAUGGGCACGAACUUUUGUUACAUAUCUGCCAUUUGGGUGAUUCGACAAAACUUCCGAAAACAUAGAGACGUCGCGUUCGGCAUGGCCAGCGCAGGGAGUGGGGCUGGAGGAAUAUUGUAUGGGAUUGUGUUACCCAGUAUCGUCGAGUCACGAGGUUGGCGCUGGGCGAUGCAAAUGGUGAGUUACAUCACGCUUGCUUUCAUCAUCGUUUCCAUGAUGAUGGUACCAGUGAAACAAGAAUCGGAGAAAUGCGGGAAACAGGAAAGGAAAAACUGGUUGCCAUGGAAAACAAAGUUGAAGCAAGAUAGGCUCUCAAUCCCAAGUCCUUGGCGAAAUCGCGCGUUCGUGGUAUUGAGUAUCGCCGUUUUGCUUUGUGCGUUCGUCAGUUUAGUUCCUUAUUGUCAUAUUGUGAACUAUGCGAUUCAUCAAGGCGUAGGUAGAUCAAAAGGAGAUAGAUUACCUCUUUUCAUCUCUACUGGCUCACUCAUUGGUCGGAUUAUCGUCGGAAGAGUUUCGGGUUUCCGAGGAAUCAGGCGAAUAACUUUGUGUCAAGUCACAUUUCUGGUGGGGUGCCUAGCUACCACACUCUGCACGCUCGCCACGAAUUAUGCCAGUUUGGUUGUGUUCUGUUUGGUGUUUGGUGCAUGUGAUGGUGCAUUUUCGUUGUUGAUGGCAAUUGUCGUUGAUGACGUGUUUCUGGAUAAAAAUCAGGCGAUGAAAGCAAUGGGACAAUUAUUUCAAAUCAUGGCUAUCCCGUACCUGUUGGGCGCCCCUCUUGCAGGUUUGAUUUAUACUAAGACAGGAAGCUAUCAGGCUGCAUUUUUCAUUUGUGGAGCAGUUCUUUUUUUUGCCACUUGCCUGAUUACAUUGGUGCGUUGUCUUCUGCAACCGAAGCUUAGUAGCCCAGUCUUGACAUUACCGGAAAAAAUAGUCGUAUCUCCAACGGAAGAAAGUACCAGAGACAUUAAUAUUGUGCCUUGUACGUCUUCAAAUCGGCUUAUCAGUUCAAGAGCAUGUAGCUUUCUUGACCUGGCGAUUGAAGUAUAUGGAGAAAAUCGUUACCAAUCAAAUAAUUUGGCCGUUUAUUCACCAAGCCGACGUCUGGGCGCGAGAAAUAGAAAGGACGGCAAGAUUUGCUUCCAGGACUUCUUGGAGAAUAAGGCUUCCCGGAUUGCUGGAGAAAGCAAUGAGCCUGAAUAUACCGACAUAAACACUCAGAUCUCAGGACUGAUGGAAACAGAAAAUACCGGAAUAACAAAAAUGGAGGAAGAUUGUCAGGCUGUUCAAACUCAGGCAAAUUUACUGCAAGUCGAUAACAAGGAUGUUAAACUAUUGGUGCCCAAGGAUAAUAAUGCCGUUACAUGCCUGGAUGGACACUCCUCAGAUGCGAGUUCGGUAGAGAAUACGGACUAUGUUUCCAAGCAAAGAUUGUCAGGGUCAAGCACCGAUGAUGCCGGAUAUUUCUCAGCUGCUGCACUGGCAAACUAUGUGGACAGCGAUGAUCAGUCUGUGACUUCUAGAUGCGAUGUAAGCAUACGUAUAGAGUCUCAAAAUGAAUCGUUGGAUAGCUUAAUGGAUAUAGACUAUAACAAGGAUUUUAACGAUAAUACAAACGUUACUAUCAAUAUGGAGCGGAAUAUUGAACAUGUCACCGGGAUGCCAAAAAACGUCAAUAGAGUGUACGAGUGAUCGAUACAAGAAAGAAACAGAAAAAUGGAAACGAAAAAAAGGAAAAUGAUGCUUCAGAACCGUAAUAGCAUAAUCUGUUUUGGGUCGGCGAACACUGAAUGUCACAAAUCCUAAACAGAACUCCAAACAGAACUCAAGGGUAGAAACCUAAGCAAAAACUUUUUUGAAUUUAGUUUUGUCUGCAUUGCCCUCAGAAUUGCAAUCAGAUAAAACCACUUGUGGUUAAAACUUUUUCGCAGGAAAGUUUUUUAGCAACAGGUGAAAUCUUGGCCUCUGAUUUCCUAGAUACAGAGGAUAUUUGAUACAGAUUCAAAUGAGCAAUAAUAUAUUUUGUUGAAAAAUUAAUUUUAAUCUAUUGUUAUAAGUUCGUAGAGCGCACAGUCAGGUUCAAAAGUAUGGUUGGUAGAAAAUACCUAUAAACAUUAUUUAAAACGGAACUACCAGGGGCCAGUUGUAUAAAAUUCUUUAUCUUCAUUUUGCAUAGUUAA